GGUCAUUGUGUUGGGAAAUAUAAACAUUUUCUUAGGUGUUGUCAGUGUAAAAUUUGCCUUCUGUGAUCAUUGUUGGGAAGUAUUUAAAUCCACCUUUCUGUGGUGGGAUAAAUUAACUAAAUGAAUUGACUGGUGCAUAUGAUCAUGUUUAAUGUAUGUAUGGUUGAGCGACUGUCUCCAGGAUGCUCUGUCAGGUUAUCCUGCGAUAGUGUGUUUCAAUAGUGCAGAAUCAAGACGAUAUCAGGAAUGUCUGCAGGUUCAACUGCAACCCAUCUUUGAGGUCUAGAGUUUUACCAUGAAGGAAAAAAAAUGCAUGACAGUCCGCGUUCUGUUGGGAAUCUAGCCAUACAAACUAUUGUAGGGUGCAGGUAUUUUUGCCUAGUUUUAAAAUCCCUGUAACUUUGGGACAUGAAUGGUGAGUUGUACUGCAAAGCGCGCAUGUGCAGCUGUUGCUCUCCGCGCGGUGUCCAGGAGGUGCUGGUUGCUAAGAAACAAUAAACUCACGAUUAGUUUCCACUUCUGACAAGAGAACCGGCGAUAACAAGUGUAGCUAAUGUUCUGUAGUUUCUCUACUAAUGUCUAUGUUGAAGUGCCAUUGAUAGCUAUUAUCCACUCAGACCCAGAGUGUCAGACUAUCUGAGCCACCAUGUCUUCGUUCUCCCAGAAGGGGUCCCCUCGCUGCCAGGCUGGCCCAGGUAGAGAGGAGGUGGCGGGGGCCCGGCAGCAGAGGAUGACCCUCCCAUUCACCAUGUCCCCGGGCCACAUAGACCCAGAGGCACUGAGAGCCAGGCUGAUCUCAGUAGCCCCGAGCCAGGCACAACGCAACCCUGAUGCCCUGGUCUUCACACACACCACCAAGGCCCAGGAACGCAGGAGGGCAGGGCAGAGACCCGUACCGCUGGAGAUACUGCCCAUCCUGAAGAAGUACCAGGACCACAAGCAGCCAGAGUUCAUCCACAGGCAGAACCGGGAGAGGCUGCUCCAGUCGGGCUGGAAGCCUCCGUCGCCCUCCCUUGCUGGGGUAGAGUGGAUGGACAAGGCCCCUGACAGACAGAGCUCCACCCUUCACCUCCCUGAGCUGCCUGACCACGUCAAGGAGAAACAGGCUCAGAUGACCCAGAGUACCCUGUGUUCCCCCUCUCCCCCCAAACGCCCUCGCUCCUCCAAGUCCGCAAAGCCCUCCCCCACCGGAGCCUUCCUCCACUCCCCCUUCCCUCUCCCGGCCAGUCACCCCAUCAUCUUCAGCUCUGCAGAGGAUGUGAUCCGUGCCAAAAUACGCUCCCCGCCGGACAUCGUCAGAAUCAUCCGGAACAACCCUCACCUGGGCUUCCUGUACAUGACCUCUGCCGCACCCAAGAGCUCCAUCAAAUAUGAUGCUUAUAACCUCAAGAUAGUGACGUAUGAGAACAUCAACAAGCAGGACUACUCUACCAUCAGCCAGCAGGGUGUGACCUGCAUCUCUGACGCGGAGAUGGACUUCCUGCCGUUAGAGCGCUGGGAGCAUGAGUACCGGUGCCACCAUCGCCUCCUGGCCAUCCCGGCCUUCGCCCUCUUCAGGAGGUGGAAGGCCUUCAGAGUGUGGCGGACCAACGUCCGCUCCAAGAAGAUCAACACGUGCAAGAAGUCCCUGCAGGAGCGCCUGUUCAUCGUCAAUGAGUCUCUGCGUCCGGCGUUGCUGAACAUCAGAGAGAUGUGCUACAGGAUCAGUGACAUGGGGCUUUGUCACAUCCUGAAAGAUCACACAUACACGCUGGAGGAGUUCCAGGAGGCUCAGUACAACCAGCUGGAGGAGGUAUCUUCUCGUCUGGAAGAGUUCAGGGAGCUGGUAAAGGAGGUGGCCAGGAGCGCCUGUCACACGGCCAUGUUGGAGGCAGGAUACACACCUGACUAUAACUACAACAAGGGAACACCUGAGAUUGAGCUGCUGUUUGAAGAGGCUCCAGAGAAGAUGAGUUAUACAGAACAGGCCAACAAGAGGUACCACUGUAGACGCCUCACCUGUUUCAUCCGGUUGGCUGACUACCUGAUGGUGAACACCAUGCACAUCCUGGCUGUGAACUCUGUGGCCAAACUACUGGCCGUCCUGCAGGACCAGAUCCAGCACACCCCAACACACGCUGUCAUCCACAGCUGGGCCGACACCGAUGCUGCUGCUGCUGGAGACGGAGGUGGAGCCACGGAGGACUCCGACAGGAAGGCUACAGAGCCCACAGUGGAGGCUGUUCAUCUUCUUCCCAUGUUUGUGUCGGAGCUGAUGCUGGAGACCCACGCUCUGACCUACGAACCCUCCGUAGACCUCUUCCAGGAGUGUGUGUCAGAGAUCAUCUCUAGGUUCCAGGAGACGGUGUUGUCAUUAGUUGUGUUGGUGACUGACUCCUACUUUGAUGCCUUCACUCAGCCCAUGAUCAACAGCAAGGUGGAGGAGAAGACGUGUGGUGACGGUCCUGGUCUGGAGGCCAUGUUAGAGGAUGAUAAGCACCUCCUGAACAUCAUCCUCGACAUCAAGCAAUCGCUCCAGUUUGCGUUUGACUCGGCCAGCGUGUACGCGCGCACCUUUGAGAGCUUCCGCGUCUUCUACAGAGAGAAUGAGAGUCUGGACCUGGACGCGCUCAGAGAUCAGGAUCACGGAGUGGCGUUCUUCGCUGAGAGUCUGGAGAAGUACCACAGCGAACAUAAAGAGGCCCUGGCCAUCAAACAGAAGAGGCACCUGGGCCUGCUGCUGGUAGACACCACUCUGCUCAAAGGGAAGCUCAUCCCCUCACCACUACGCUGUCUGGAGGCCAUCAAUGACAUGCUCCCCCUGCUGGCUAAGAGAAAGAUCGACGCCAUCAUCGCUGAGGCUCAGGAUGCCCAGUUCAAACUGGAGUUCAUCCCCUCUGCAACUACAGAGUUCGUCAACUCCCUCACCUUCCUAGAGGAGAUACAGGAGCGGAUGGAGUGGUUGGACGAGCAGACAGAGACCGUGUGCCAGAUGUACAAGCUGAUAGACUCCUACUCCGUGCCCAGCCCUCCUGAGGACUUGGCCGUCUACGCCACCCUGAAACCCUCAGUCACCGGCAUACGCAACGCCAUCGACAAGGCCUUGGGAGAGAAGGACGCCAACGUGGACAAGUUCUGUGUCCACCUCCAACGGGACAUCACCGACCUCAACAAGGAGGUCAAGAGGGUCAAACAGCAGGCUCAGAACAAUCAGAUCAUGGACAUCAACGCUGAGCGUCCCAAGGUCCGUCUGCUGCUGGACGAGGUCCAGGUCUCCAUAGACGAGCUGCAGAACCAGGCCUUCCAGUACAAGUCUUUCCAGAAGAACUUUAAGGUGGAGGUGACUAAGUACGAGGCGUUAGAGGAGCUGAGUGCGGAGGUGAAACUGAAACAGCUGCUGUGGGACUCUCUGGAGGAGUGGGACGCCCUGCAGGCCGGCUGGAUGGAGUGUAAGUUUGAGGAGUUGGACCCAGAGACUCUGAGUGCCCAGGUCAAUAAAUAUGCCAAGUGUGUGAACCAGCUAGAGAAAGGCCUGCCACCUAACAGUGUGGUUCCACGACUCAAAGAGCACGUUGAGGGCAUGAGAGAGAAGCUCCCAGUGAUCACAGACCUGCGUAACCCGUGUCUGAAGGGCAGACACUGGGAGAUUCUGGAGGCCGUCAUAGAGGCCAGUCUCCUGGAGGAACCUCAAACUCUGGCCUCUCUAGAGGGACUCAACAUCUUCAGCUACAGCGAAGCGAUACAGGAGGUGUCAGGACAGGCUUCAGGAGAGGCAUCGCUGGAGACCAUCCUUAAAAAGGUUGAGGAUUCCUGGAAGACCACGGAGUUUCCGGUUCUCUCCCACCGGGAGUCUAAAGACCUGUUCAUCCUGGGAGGAACUGAUGACAUUCAGGUGCUGCUGGAUGACAGUACCAUCAACAUGGCCACGGUGGCGUCCUCUCGCUACGUCGGCCCCAUCAAGACCAGAGUAGACGAGUGGCAGAGGCAGCUAAACCUCUUCAGCCAGACACUGGAAGAGUGGCUGACGUGUCAGCGUAACUGGCUGUAUCUGGAGAGUAUCUUUAGUGCUCCAGACAUCCAGAGACAGCUUCCUGCUGAAGCCAAGAUGUUCCUCCAGGUGGACAAGUCCUGGAAGGAGAUUAUGAGGAAGGUCAACAGGCUUCCCAAUGCUCUGAGGGCUGCUACACAGCCAGGUCUGCUGGAGAUCUUCCAGAACAACAACGCCCUGCUAGACCAGAUCCAGAAGUGUCUGGAGGCCUACCUGGAGUCCAAGAGAGUCAUCUUCCCCAGGUUCUACUUCCUGUCCAACGAUGAGCUCCUGGAGAUCUUGGCUCAGACCAGGAACCCCCAGGCCGUUCAGCCCCACCUCAGGAAGUGUUUUGAUGCUAUUGCCCGCCUGGAGUUCGCCCUGCUGCCCCCUCCGCCCCCCGGCGCCAUGACAACCCAGCCUGCAGACGGAGAACAGGAGAAGGUCUACAGCAACGACAUUCUGGCCAUGGUAUCACCUGAAGGAGAGAAGGUGGGCCUGGCUAAAGGUCUGAAGGCGCGUGGUAACGUAGAGGACUGGCUGGGUAAAGUAGAGGAGGCCAUGUUCUCUUCCCUCCGCCGCCUCAGCAAGGCCUCCAUCGCUGACUACCAGAGUAAAGAACGAGAGGAGUGGGUGGUGGCUGGACACCCCUCACAGGUGGUGUUAACCAUCAGUCAGUUGAUGUGGUGCAGAGACCUGGACGGCUGUCUGGAGGGAGACCAUGACCACUUCAUGGCCCUGCAGGACUUUGAAUAUGUCAACAUUGAUAGGCUGAAUGCCCUAGCAGCCCUGGUUCGAGGCCAGCUCCCCACCCUACACCGUAACAUCAUCACAGCUCUCAUCACCGUAGACGUGCACGCCAGGGACAUUGUCACAGACCUCGUGGCCCGGAAGGUUGACUCCAGCAGUAACUUCGAGUGGCAGAGGCAGCUGCGUUACUACUGGGACUUGGACCUAGAUAACUGUGUGGCCAGGAUGGCUCUGUCCACCUACAUCUAUGGAUAUGAAUACCUGGGGGCCUGCCCUCGCCUCGUCAUCACCCCGCUCACGGAUCGUUGCUACCUGUGUCUGAUGGGGGCUCUUCAGUUAGACCUUGGUGGGGCUCCAGCAGGACCAGCUGGAACAGGGAAGACGGAGACCACUAAGGACCUGGCCAAGGCUCUGUCCAUCCAGUGUGUCGUCUUCAACUGUUCUGAUGGACUGGACUACAAGAUGAUGGGGAAGUUCUUCAGUGGUCUGGCCCAAUCAGGGGCCUGGUGUUGUUUUGAUGAGUUUAACCGCAUCGACAUCGAGGUGCUGUCUGUCAUCGCCCAGCAACUCAUUACUAUCCGCAAUGCCAAGAUGGCCAAGCUGUCCAGGUUCAUGUUUGAGGGCAGAGAGAUCAAGCUGGUGAUGACGUGUGCUGCCUUCAUCACUAUGAACCCGGGCUACGCUGGACGCACUGAGCUCCCUGACAACCUCAAAGCCCUGUUCAGACCCAUAGCCAUGAUGGUGCCCAACUAUGCCCUGAUCGCUGAGGUCAUCCUCUACUCUGAGGGUUUUGAGUCCAGUAAGACUCUGGCCCGAAAGAUGACCCAGAUGUACAAGCUGUGUUCUGAGCAGCUCUCCCAACAGGACCACUACGACUUCGGCAUGAGGGCCGUCAAGUCUGUCCUCGUCAUGGCAGGCUCUCUGAAGAGAGAGAACCCCCACCUGAGUGAAGACGUGGUUCUGAUCAGGGCUCUGAGAGACUCCAAUCUGCCCAAGUUCCUCACAGACGAUGCUGCGCUCUUUGGUGGCAUCAUGUCUGACCUGUUCCCUGGCGUGUCCAUCCCUGAACAUGACUACGGUGUUCUCCAAACCACCAUCCUGGAGUCUCUAGUGAAACGCAACCUGCAGCCCCUACCCAGCAUGACGCACAAGGUGAUCCAGCUGUAUGAGACCAUGAUAGUACGUCAUGGUGUGAUGUUGGUGGGUCCUACAGGUGGAGGGAAGACCACGGUCUACUCCAUCCUGUCUGAUACCUUAGAUACCCUGUGGCAGGCUGGCCACGGGAAACACAACCCCUUCUACCUCCCGGUCAAGACAUACAUCCUCAACCCCAAGUCUGUCACCAUGGGAGAGCUCUACGGAGAGGUGAACAUAUUGACCCUGGAGUGGCGUGACGGCCUGAUGGCGCUCAGCGUGCGAGCGGCCUGCAACGACACCAGCGAUGACCACAAGUGGAUCGUGUCGGACGGUCCGGUGGACGCGCUGUGGAUUGAGAACAUGAACACGGUCCUGGACGACAACAAGAUGCUGUGUCUGGCCAACAGCGAACGCAUCAAACUGACCCCAUCUAUACACAUGGUGUUUGAGGUCCAGGACUUAUCGGUGGCGUCCCCAGCCACAGUGAGUCGCUGUGGGAUGGUCUACAUCGACUCUAACGAACUCAAAUGGAUGCCCUAUGUCCAGACCUGGAUCACUGGCCUGGCUAAAAAGCUCCCUGGAGCAGUGUGUGUGUACCUGUUGGCGUUGUUUGAGCAGUACGUGGAGAAGGGUCUUCAGUUUGUGUGGAAGCGUUGUGUCCAGGCCAUGGGCCAGGUGGACAUCAGUAAGGUCACUACCCUCUGCUGCCUGUUGGAGGCGCUGCUGCUGGGAGACGGAAGACCAGACCUCAAGAUGGAAGCUAAGCACCUGAACAGUGUGUUGUGUCAGACGUUUGUGUUCUGCUACCUGUGGUCUGUGGGGGGUAACCUGACUGACAGCCACUGGGAUGCCUUCGACAGCUUCGUCAGACAACAGUUUGAAGACAAUAAUGAUGCCAAGCUGCCCAGCUCGGGGGACCUGUGGAGUGUGUUCAUGGACUUCAACCACAAGCGUCUGGAGCCGUGGGAGAGGAUCAUCCCCUCCUUUAGGUACAACAAGGAACUGCCCUUCUUUGAGAUGUUGGUUCCCACCACCGACACAGUGCGUUAUGGCUACCUGAUGGAGAAGCUGCUGUCUGUAGGACACUCUGUUCUCUUCACCGGCAUCACCGGAGUAGGAAAGUCUGUGGUGGCCCGUGGUCUUCUGAACAGUGUCCAGGAGAAGGGAGGCUAUGUUCCCGUCUAUAUCAACUUCUCAGCCCAGACCACCUCGGCCAGAACACAGGAGAUGAUCGAGUCCAAACUGGAGAAGAAGAGGAAGAACAUUCUGGGUGCUCCUGGUAACAGAAAGAUAGUGAUCUUUGUGGAUGAUCUGAACAUGCCUAAAUUGGACACCUACGGCUCCCAGCCUCCAAUAGAACUGCUCAGACAGUUCCAGGACUUCCACGGCUUCUACGACCGAGAGAAGUUCUUCUGGAAGGAGAUCCAGGACAUGACGAUCGCGGCGGCCUGCGCUCCACCUGGAGGGGGCCGUAACCCGGUGACCCCUCGUUUCAUCCGCCACUUCAGCAUGCUGUGUCUGCCCACUCCCUCCGAACACAGCCUCAAACAGAUCUUCAAUGCCAUCCUCAGUGGUUUCCUCAGUGAGUUCCCCCAGGCGGUGAGGUCUUCAGCAGGCAGCAUCGUAGACGCAGCAGUAGAGAUCUACCACCGCAUGUCUGUGGACCUCCUGCCUACACCAGCCAAGUCCCACUACGUCUUCAACCUCAGGGACCUCUCCAAGUGUGUCCAGGGUAUGUUGCAGUGUGAGCCAGGCACGGUGAGGGAUCAGACUGGGAUAUUCCGUCUGUUCUGUCACGAGUGUCAGAGAGUGUUCCACGACCGCCUCAUCAACAACGAAGACAAAACCUACUUCAACACCAUCGUCUCUGAGAUGGCCAGCAAAUAUUUUGGCUUCAAUUUAGAACCCAAUUACUUUGUGACCAAACCCAUCAUAUUUGGAGAUUUCAUCAAGGUGGGUGCAGAGAAGGCAGAUCGUCUGUAUGAGGACCUAACAGAGCCAGAUAAGAUCAGGACUGUGCUCCAGGACUACCUGGAUGACUACAACAUGACCUUCUCCAAGGAGACCAAGCUGGUGUUCUUCCAGGACGCUGUAGAACACGUCUCCAGGAUAGCGCGUAUGAUCCGCCAGGAGCGCGGUAACGCCCUAUUGGUGGGCGUGGGGGGCACGGGGAAACAGUCACUGACGCGGCUGGCGGCCCACAUGUGCGGCAUGCGCUGCUUCCAGAUAGAACUGAGCCGAGGAUACAACUACGACAGCUUCCAUGAAGACCUGAGACGACUGUUCAAGAUGGCUGGGGUGGAGGGCAAGGACAUGGUGUUCCUCUUCACUGACACACAGAUCGUGGUGGAGGAGUUCCUAGAGGACAUUAACAACAUGUUGAACAGUGGAGAGGUGCCCAACCUGUUUGAGAAGGAUGAUCUGGAGCAGGUCCUGGCUGCCACACGGCCCAGAGCCAAGGAGGCCGGCAUCAACGAGGGAAACCGAGACGAGGUGUUCCAGUUCUUCAUCUCUCGGGUCAGAGAGAAGCUGCACAUUGUGUUGUGUAUGAGUCCUGUAGGAGAUGCCUUCAGGUCCCGCUGUCGUAUGUUCCCCUCUCUGGUCAACUGCUGCACCAUCGACUGGUUUGUACAGUGGCCCCGUGAGGCCCUCCUCUCCGUGUCCCAGACCUUCUUCCAGAACGUGGAGUUUGGCAGUGAGGAGAUGAAGGAUCGUUUCAGUGAGAUGUGUGUGGAGAUCCACGUCAGUGUGACAGACAUGGCCGAGAGGUUCUACUCUGAGCUGAGACGACGCUACUACACUACCCCCACCUCUUACCUGGAACUGAUUAACCUCUACCUGGCCAUGUUGGGAGAGAAGAGACAGCAACUAGUGGCUGCUCGUGACAGGGUAAAGAAUGGUCUCACUAAGCUGUUGGAGACCAACGUGUUGGUGGAUAAGAUGAAGGUAGACCUGUCAGCUCUGGAGCCUGUCCUCAAACAAAAGUCUAUAGACGUCAACGCCCUCAUGGGGAAACUAGCCGUGGACCAGGAGAGCGCCGACAAGGUGCGUAAAGUGGUGAAGGAGGAUGAGGCCCUGGCCAAGGUGAAGGCUGAGGACACCCAGGCCAUAGCAGCAGACGCCCAGAGGGAUCUAGACGAGGCUCUGCCUGCUCUGGAAGGUGCCAACAAGGCCCUGGACUCACUGGACAAGGCAGACAUCUCAGAGAUCAGGGUCUUCACCAAACCACCUGACAUGGUCAUGACUGUCAUGGAGGCCGUCUGCAUCCUGCUGGGCAGCAAACCAGACUGGUCCAGUGCCAAGCAGGUGCUGGGUGACUCCUACUUCCUCAGGAAGCUGAUGGAAUAUGACAAGGAAAACAUUAAGCCCCAGAUCCUCCAGAAGCUUCAGAAGUACGUGAACAACCCGGACUUUGUCCCUGAGAAGGUGGAAAAGGUGUCCAAGGCCUGCAAGUCCAUGUGUAUGUGGGUCCGGGCCAUGGACCUCUACUCCAGAGUCCUCAAGGAGGUCGGACCCAAGAAAGAAAGACUGGCCGCCGCACAGACGGAGCUGAACGCUACCAUGGCAACCCUGAAGGAGAAGCAGGCCCAGCUACAGGAAGUACAGAACAAGAUUAAGAUCCUCCAGGACCAGUUUGACCAGAGCAUCGCAGAGAAGGAGGGUCUGGCUAAGACCAUGGCUCUGACCGAGGCGAGGCUGGGCCGUGCAGGGAAGCUGACAGCAGCUCUGGGGGACGAGCAGGUUCGCUGGCAGGAGAGCAUCGAACUGUUUGAACAGGAGAUCCAUAACGUGGUGGGAAACGUCUUCAUCGCUGCAGCCUGCGUGGCGUACUACGGAGCCUUCACAAUGCACUAUAGACAACUGCUGAUAGACCAGUGGAUUGUGCGAUGCCAGGAGUUGGGCAUCCCCAUCAGUGCCAGCUUCAGCCUCAUCAACAUCCUGGGCGACCCCUAUGAGAUCCGCCUGUGGAACGCCGAGGGGUUGCCCCGGGACACCGUUUCCACUGAGAAUGGAAUCCUGGUUACCCGUGGACGCCGCUGGCCACUCAUGAUCGACCCUCAGGAUCAGGCCAACCGUUGGAUCCGUUCCAAGGAGACCAAGAACGGUCUGAAGGUGAUCAAGCUGACCGACUCUGGUUUCCUGCGAACCCUGGAGAACGCCAUCCGCAUGGGCAUGCCCGUACUGCUGGAGGAGCUGAAGGAGACUGUGGACCCGGCUCUGGAGCCCAUCCUGCUGAAGCAGACGUUUGUGGCGGGCGGCCGCACCCUCAUCCGCCUCGGAGACUCCGACAUUGACUACAACAAGAAAUUCAGGUUCUACAUGACCACCAAGAUGGCCAACCCACACUACCUGCCUGAGGUGUGUAUCAAAGUGACCAUCAUCAACUUCACCGUGACCAAGUCUGGUCUGGAGGACCAGCUUCUCAGUGACGUGGUUCGUCUGGAGCGUCCUGACCUGGAGGAACAGAGGAACCAGCUGAUUGUGAGGAUCAACGCCGACCGCAACCAGCUCAAGGCCAUCGAGGACCGCAUCCUCAAACUGCUCUUCAACUCCAAGGGAAACAUCCUGGACAACGAGGAGCUGGUGCAGACCCUGCAGGAGUCAAAGGUGACGUCAGAGGCCAUUAAGCAUCGUUUGGAGGAGGCGGAGGCGACAGAGCUGAUGAUCAACGCGGCCAGGGAGCGCUACCGGCCCGUGGCCACACGAGGCUCCGUCAUGUACUUUGUCAUCGCCAGCCUCUCUGAGAUAGACCCCAUGUACCAGUUCUCCCUCAAGUACUUCAAACAGCUCUUUAACUCCACCAUAGAGAUAUCAGAGAAGAGCAGUGUUCUGGAAGAGCGCCUGCAGAUCCUCCUGGACCAGACCCUGCUCACCAGUUACACCAACGUAUCCCGCGGCCUGUUUGAGCAGCACAAGACCAUCUACAGCUUCAUGCUUUGUGUGGACAUCAUGCGCCAGCAUGGGGAGGUCACUGACGCAGAGUGGCAGCACUUCCUGCGAGGAGCGCCCCCCCUUGACAAGGAUCAUCCAGAGAGGCCUGAGGUGCCAUGGCUGUCAGAGUUUACCUGGCAGACAUGCUGUGAGCUGGAGGACACUCUGCCCUGCUUCAACGGCAUCAAGAGAGAGAUCACCGCCACACCCAUCUCUAUAAAACUAGGUCGUCUGGAAGUGUGUUUCAACCCAGAGAACUGGCAGGGCUACGUGUCUGACUCCCAGCUGCCUCCCUACUCAGAGGAGAUGUCUGAAGAAGAGAAGGAAAACUCAAAUGGGGUCAGGGGUCACUGGGAUCAGAGACUGGGGGCCUUCCAGAAACUGGUGCUCAUCAAGAGCUUCAUGGAGGAGAAGGUGGUGUUUGCGGUGACAGAGUUUGUGAUCGUGAGCCUGGGGAAACAGUUUGUAGAGAACCCUCCUGUUGACCUGGCCACUCUCUACAGUGACAUGUCUCCCUCCACCCCCCUGGUCUUCAUCCUCAGUACCGGAUCAGACCCCAUGGGAGCCUUCCAACGCUUCGCCAAGGAGAGGGGAUACCUGGACAGGGUGAGGUCUAUCUCUCUAGGUCAGGGUCAGGGUCCUAUAGCUGAGAAGAUGAUUCUGGAAGCUCUGAAGAGUGGUAACUGGAUCUUCCUCCAGAACUGUCACCUGGCUGUGUCCUGGAUGUUAGCCAUGGAGGAACUUAUCAAGACCUUCACUGAGCCGGACACGGUGAUCCAUGAGAACUUCAGGUUGUUCCUGAGCUCCAUGCCCACCAAGGUGUUCCCUGUCACCGUCCUCCAGAACUCUGUCAAGGUGACCAACGAGCCUCCUAAGGGUCUACGUGCCAACGUGCGCCGGGCGUUCACUGAGAUCACCAACAACUUCUUUGAGGAGCACAUCCUGGGACGCCAGUGGAGGAAGAUCAUCUUUGGAGUCUGCUUCUUCCACGCCAUCAUACAGGAGAGGAAGAAGUUUGGUCCUCUGGGUUGGAACAUCCGUUAUGAGUUCAACGACAGCGACAGAGAGUGUGCCCUGCUCAACCAGAACCUCUACUGUCAGACUGGUCACAUACCUUGGGAUGCUCUCAUCUACAUCACUGGGGAGAUAACCUACGGAGGCAGGGUGACUGAUGCCUGGGACCAGCGCUGUCUCCGAACCAUCCUCAAAAGGUUCUUCUCUCCUGUCACCCUGGACCCAGGGUACACCUUCUCCACCUCAGGUGUCUACUUUGCCCCCGAGGCAGACAGACUGAGUGACUAUAACAGGUACAUAGAGAACCUUCCUCUCAUAGACGACCCUGAGAUCUUUGGUAUGCACGAGAACGCCAACCUCGCCUUCCAGCGUCUGGAGACUAUGACCCUGAUCAACACCAUCCUGGAAGUACAGCCUCGCUCGUCAGCCCGCGGCGGGGGCAAGAGCAACGACGAGAUCGUCCACGAGCUGGCCGACUCCAUCCUCGCCAAGAUCCCGGAGUGUCUGGAUAUGGAUGAGGCAGCAGAGGCUCUGUUUAUUCGUGACGCCAACGGACGCCUCAACUCCCUCACCACCGUCCUCGGACAGGAAGUAGACCGCUUUAACAACCUGCUGCGGGUCCUCAGGGUGUCUCUGUGUACCCUCCAGAAGGCUAUAGCAGGGCUGGUAGUGAUGUCAGAGGAGAUGGAGAGGAUCUACACCAGUUUCCUCAACAACCAGGUUCCAAACCACUGGAGCACCUCAGCCUACCCCUCCCUCAAACCCCUGGCCAGCUGGGUUAAAGACCUGGCCCUCAGGACCUGCUUCAUCGAGAACUGGAUCACGCGGGGUCAGCCCAAAUCCUUCUGGAUCUCUGGACUUUUCUUCCCUCAGGGCUUCCUCACUGGGGCGCUACAGAACCACGCCAGGACCUAUAACCUCCCCAUCGACGAGCUCAACUUCUGUUUCAACGUGUUGCCGGUCUACCUAGACCAGGGGGCCGUGAGCGAGGCGCUGAAGACUCUACCGGCCGGGGGCGAGCUGGACAUGGACUCGGAGCUACCCGCCAUCAACGACGGCGUGCUGGUGCACGGGAUGUUCAUGGACGCCAGUCGCUGGGACGACGUCGACAUGGUGAUGGAGGAUGCGUUGCCGCGGGUGAUGAACGCCAUGCUUCCCGUGGUGCACUUCGAACCCCAGCAGAACUAUGACCCUGAUCCGUCUCUCUACCAGGCUCCGCUGUACAAGACCUCAGCUCGGGCUGGGACUUUGUCUACUACAGGCCACUCUACUAACUUUGUGGUGACGGUGAUGCUGCCGUCCAGCCUGCCUAGUGACUACUGGAUCACCAAGGCCUCAGCCCUGCUCUGUCAGCUCAACGAGUAGUGACCCACCCACAGACGCCACACACACACACCGCUGUACUUCUGCACCUUCAAUACCAGCAGCAGUGAUGAAGCCCAUUGUCUAUGGACUCUUGUUUUCUGGAAACCAGUGAGUGUUUCUCACGUCUGUAUUGAGAAGUAUUCUACCGUGUACUCUCUCUCCCUGCUAAUCAGUUGAAGGGAUUAUUUGAAUGGGGGCCCAAAAUGGCAUUUUUCUUUUCUUUUCCGAGUUGCUUUGAUUAAAUACCAUGUAGCAGUGCUGUUGUGGUUUGUGCAUUUUGCUGUGUGCCUGGGAGAAGAGCAUGUCGCUACACCCUCAAUAACAGCUGAUAAACGAUGUGGAUGUCACCAAUCAGGUUUGAUUUGACGGGUUAAAUUGUGUGUGGUGUGUUCAGUUCAGUCAAUGUCUCUUCUCUUUCAGUGAACUGUAGCAACAUAUUAACAACACCCCUGUGUCUGAAAUGACAGCUCCCGACAUGCCUUUAUCCCCCCCCCCCCCACACACACACACAGUCGACAGGAAGUGUAGACUGCAGUGCUUUCAUAGUCACUCGUGUAGCCUGGCAAUGUGAAAGGAGAGGAAGAUCGUCAAUAUUCACCAAGAGCAUCACGUAAAAAUGCAUCUGAUGCGCGGUCAGGUAAAACUCUAAUUCACAUGUAAGAGAUGGUACUUCAGUGUCCUGCGUCUGCCCCAUUAGAAAUUAACCAUGAGCCCCCUGUCCUUCUCAGCUGAAGGGACACCUGCGAUAGUGAACCACCUCGAACAAAAAGCUGUCCUCCUGCAUUUAAAAACCACUGUUGACUUAAUCUAUUUCCAUUUGUCUCUGAGGAAAAACACCAUAUAUUUAUCCUCUGUUACUGAAAAGUUAUUUCAACACAGUAACUCACCCAUUGUGAUGUCAACAUUAGAAUGCACACACAGGGAUCUAUACGGAACAAAAAUCUAAACGCAACAUGGAAACCGCCUGACCUCAACCCAAUUGAGAUGGUUUGGGAUGAGUUGAAAA